UGCAACGAAGCAUCAGAGAUUUUGGUAUGGUGAGAGAGAGAGAGAGCAGCAGCAGCAGCAGCAACAACAGCAAGAAGAGAAAGCGAUAAUCGAACUGAUUAAGGUCGUGAAAUUGAAGUAAUCUCAGAUCUUUUUGAUAAGGAGGAGGAGGAAGCAAGAAAGAGAGGGUCAACGAAGGAGAGGAGGAGGAGAUGAAGCUCUCUGCUUUACAUCAGAGCUACUUAAAUCGCCGGAGUAAUAGCUUCAGAUCUCCGACGUCGCUUGAUUCUUCCGUUGAUGGCUCCGGGAAGUCUCUAGUUGCUGUGUUUUGGCUUUUCGUGCACUGUCUUUGUUGCUUGGUUAGUCUAGUUCUCGGGUUUCGAUUCUCCAGAUUAGUCUUCUUCUUCCUCUUCUCUACUUCUUCUACCAAUCUCUACUCUGCUCCGUUUCGUCCUGACUUACCCGUUAAGCACCUCGAUGUUCACACAAUCGGCCGUCAUCUAGAUCCCGGAGCUAACGUGACGGUGGCCGCGGCGACGAGGAGCUCGCGUGUUGUUGUCGGGAGACACGGGAUCCGGAUCCGGCCCUGGCCGCAUCCCAACCCGGCUGAGGUGAUGAAAGCUCAUCAGAUUAUAGAGAGAGUUCAGAAGGAGCAAAAGACCAUCUUUGGGAUGAAGACUAGUAAGAUGGUUAUAGCUGUGACGCCGACUUAUGUGAGGACUUUCCAGGCUUUGCAUUUGAGUGGUGUGAUGCAUUCGUUGAUGCUUGUUCCUUAUGAUCUGGUUUGGAUCGUUGUUGAAGCUGGUGGUGCUACUAACGAGACGGCUUCCAUCAUUGCCAAAUCAGGACUUAGGACGAUUCAUCUCGGGAUUGACCAGAGAAUGCCUAAUACUUGGGAGGAUCGUAGUAAAUUAGAAGUCUUUAUGAGACUCCAGGCUUUGAGAGUUGUGAGAGAAGAGAAGCUUGAUGGGAUUGUGAUGUUUGCGGACGAUAGUAAUAUGCAUAGCAUGGAGUUCUUUGAUGAAAUUCAGAAUGUGAAGUGGUUUGGUACUGUUUCUGUUGGGAUAUUGGCGCAUUCUGGAAAUGCGGAAGAGAUGGUUAUCUCGAUGGAUAAGAGGAAAGAGAAGGAGACAGGGGAAGAGGGCGAGAGCUCUUCGUUACCGGUUCAAGGUCCUGCUUGUAACUCAACUGAUCAGUUGAUUGGGUGGCACAUUUUUAAUACCUUGCCAUAUGCGGGGAAGAGUGCGGUUUAUAUCGAUGAUGUUGCUGCGGUUUUGCCUCAGAAAUUAGAGUGGUCUGGGUUCGUGCUGAACUCGAGAUUGCUAUGGGAGGAAGCUGAGAAUAAGCCAGAGUGGAUUAAGGACUUUGGUUCGUUGAAUGAGAAUGAAGGCGUGGAGAGUCCUUUGUCUCUAUUGAAGGAUCCUACAAUGGUGGAGCCUCUUGGAAGCUGUGGAAGACAGGUUCUGCUAUGGUGGCUUCGUGUUGAAGCACGAGCUGAUAGCAAAUUCCCUCCCGGAUGGAUAAUUGAUCCUCCGUUAGAGAUCACAGUUGCCGCUAAACGCACUCCAUGGCCAGAUGUUCCUCCAGAGCCACCAACCAAAAAGAAAGAUCAAAUGCCAUUGUCCCAAGGUGGCAACACUGUCGUGGUGAUACCUAAGCAGCAACAACAUUCAACCAAAAUCCGAAAACCGAAACGCAGAAGUAAGAGAAAUAAACAUGAACCUAAACUAACCGAUACAACACAAGUUUCUUCAUCUAUGUCAAAGCGUCAAGAAAGAAACUGAGAAAAAGAAUACAGUUCAAGAGAUCUUUGCUACUAUUAUUCAUUUGUUUGCCAAAAGUCUUAGAGAAACCUCAGAGAUCAUCUUCUCCUCCAGAUACCGCAUAUAUUACAGCUAACGAGAGGGAGAACAAAGCUGGGAAAUUUUAGAUUAUAAUGAUGGAGCUCCCAAAAAGGUAUACAGGUUUUUCGGGGAACGAUGAUCAUUCGUUUUUUCAACUACCGUUUUCAUUUUUUGGUCAUUUGAAACUUAUCUUUUAUUAGUAACAAAGAUUGUUUGUUUCAUGUUCUUGAGGGAUACAAAAAAAAAGUGUAGAAACAAAACUUUGGGUUGUAUAGUUUGCAAGCAUAUUUCUCAAUUCAUUUACGUUUUCUGCA